AUGGACUGGAGUAAGCUGAAACGUUUGGAUUUAAGUCUCCCAUCAAAUUUAUUUCUGGAAACCUUCCGCGGUGAGCUGGACGGUCUUGAGUCGCUUGUCCUACGCCAUACGUCUGGGUUUUGGGGUGACGAACAGCCGUUGUGUGCCUUUGACGCAACUGGGGAUGAACUACGACAAAAUUAUUCCUCCUUCAUUGCCGCGCUUCCGCAGUUGCGCGACUUGAGCAUCAGUGGCAUGGGUCGACCGCUCAACAUGACACCCAUCUUGGAGACCCACGGCGUCAGUUUGGAAAAACUAAGUAUUCACGAAUUUGAACAUGACUGCAGAUAUAACACUGGAAACGCUACCUGGGUACGGCCGGUUCUGAGUGUAUCAGAGGUAGAAGAAAUCAUUCUCUCGGCUCCAAAUCUCAAAGAGCUUACGCUGGAUGUAUACCGAAGCUCCAAUAAAUGGCCCAAUACUAUACUCAAGACACUGGCCAAGUUUCCUCAUCUUGCCCAACUCACUCUGAACCUUGACCUAGAGGAUCCCAGAAGGUCCAAAUAUGUAGAGUGGUGCUCCAUGAAAGAAUCGGUCCGUGACAAAUAUUGCACCAUUAACAAGCUCAUGGAACCACAGUUGAAUUAUACGACAGCAGAGAAGAUAUUCCAGACCAUACGACAAUAUCAAGCUGGCACCAAACUCCGAAACCUUACGGUUUCUGCUGGUGACUUUGGAAGGCGAGUAGGAGGCGGCCUGAGAGCUAUCCCUAACCAUGAGUUGAAUAAACCAGUGCUAUAUGACUGUUGGAUGGAAGAAAAUAUCGUCAAAUGUAGAGAUCGACACUGUGAUGGGUUCGAUGAUGAUUUGUUUCUCUGA